AUGGAGUUGAAAGAGGAAAAAGCACGACACAGUCAGAAUUUUGCGGGCAGAGUAACAAGUACCUGGAUUUACUUUGUUGUUACUAAUGUCAUUAAGGUUGAGAAACUUGCCUUUUCUCACGCUGGUCAUCUUGCUCAGAAGCGACUGGCAUAUGGAAGGAAGCUCAAUCAGCUAGAGACCAGUGCUCUGAUUUCCAAUGUCCUUCAAGAGAUCAUUCAUAACGAAGAUUACUCUGUCGCCGAUCUCAUGAAACUUGGCAAGGUUAUCAUCGGCCGACGACAUGUUCAUCCGUCUGUUGUUGCUACGCUUAAACAGAUGCAGGUCGAAGGCACUUUUGAGACAGGAACUCAUUUGAUCACCAUCCAUAACCCAAUCAGUACUGACGAUGGCGACUUGAAGAUGGCUUUCUAUGGAAGCUUCCUUCCAGUUCCCUCUCAAGACUUGUUUCCAUCUGUCAACGAGGCGGACUUUCACCUUUUGGCUAUGCCAGGUGCUAUCCGACCAGCAGAUGCUGAAGACAUUAUUCUCAACGCUGGGCGUGACCGAGUGAGAAUCACUGUUACGAACAAAGGGACUCGAGCCGUUCAUAUCGGAUCUCACUUUCACUUUAUGGAGACAGACCCUGAUCUCAACUUUGAUCGCGAAAAGGCCUACGGCUUCCAUCUCGACCUCCCAGCCGGGGAGUUUCUGCGCUUCGAACCUAAUGAGCCGAAGUCCGUCACUCUGGUCGAAAUCGGAGGCUCAAAGGUCAUCCAAGGUGGGAGUGGCCUUGCCAAAGGUCCGGUCAACCGUAACGAUGUCCAGAACAUCCUUCAGCAACUACAACAGGCGGGUUAUCAGCACUCGCCUGAAGCUUCAGAGGAGCAAAAUGCUUUUCAACCGUGCUCAAUUAGCAGAGAAGCGUAUGCUUCCGCUUAUGGCCCUACGACAGGCGAUCUGAUUCGUCUUGGGGCUACUGACCUUUGGGCCAAAGUUGAGAAAGAUUACACGUUUUACGGCGACGAGUGCACAUUGGGUUGCGGUAAGACUAUCCGUGAUGGCAUGGGAGCCGCGAGCGGCUGUGCUGAUGCCGAUUGUCUCGACUUGGCUAUCGUCAACGCUGUCAUCAUUGAUUGGACUGGCAUUUUCAAGGCUGACAUCGGUAUCAAAGACGGCACCAUCGUUGGUAUUGGAAAAGCUGGUAACCCGAGUGUGAUGGACGGUGUUUCUGCUAAUAUUGUCAUUGGAUCAAACACGGACAUCAUCGACGCCGGUGGUAAAAUCGUUACCGCUGGUGGAGUCGAUACCCAUGUCCAUAACAUUUGUCCCCAGCAGGCAUUCGAGGCGAUCUCAUCCGGUAUCACGACUCUCUUUGGAGGCGGUACCGGCCCAAGCACCUCGUCUACAGCUGUCAAUGGCACCGCGAGCAAAAAGUACAUUCGACAAAUGAUGCAAGCAUGCGAUCAGUUGCCCGUCAACUUUGGCCUCGUUGGAAAGGGAAGCGACUCCGAGAAAGUCGGUCUCCUCGAUCAGAUCAACGCAGGUGUUAUUGCUCUGAAGCUACAUGAGGACUUUGGAUGCACACCCUCCACGAUUGAGAACUGUCUGAAUGUUUGCGAAGAGCAAGACAUCCAAUGCCAUAUCCAUACCGAUGGCCUCAACGAAGCAGGCUUCCUUGAACACACAGCAGCAAUCUUCAAGGGCCGCAGCAUUCACGUGUACCAUGUCGAAGGUGCAGGUGGCGGCCAUGCGCCCGACGUCAUCAAGCUUGUGUCGUACCCAAAUGUUCUGCCUAGCAGCACAUCUCCCACGAUGCCUUUCACCACAAACACAAUUGACGAGCAUAUCGACAUGGCUGCCAAUUGCCACCGCCUCUCAAAGGACAACCCCGAUGAUGCGUCGUUCCUCAAGAACCGUAUCCGAGAAGAAACCAUUUCAGCCGAGGACAUUCUUCAUGACAUUGGGGCGAUCAGUAUCAUGUCAUCCGACUCUCAAGCUAUGGGUCGAUCAGCAGAGGUGCUGGUAUGCACUUGGCAAGCGGCUCAUAAGAACAAGCUCCAACGCGGUGCUCUGGUAGAGGACAAGGAUACUGGUGCGGAUAACUUCCGUAUCAAGAGGUAUAUCAGCAAGUAUACCAUAAAUCCUGCCAUUACUCAAGGAAUCAGUCAUGCUGUUGGUAGUGUUGAAACGGGAAAAUUGGCCGACUUGGUCAUUUGGGAUCCUGCUGAGUUUGGGGCGAAGCCAUUCCAGGUUCUGAAGAAGGGUUUCAUUACUUAUGCACAAAUGGGCGAUGCCAACGGAGCUCUCUCCGAUGUCGAACCCUUGGUCGGCCGACCAAUGUAUGGAGCCCUGCAUCCCGAGUCGAGCGUCAUGUUUGUCUCCCAGGCAAGCGCUUCUCAAGGUGGUGAUGUUCACUCGUACAAUCUCAAAAAGCAGAUCGAGGUCGUGAAGAACUGCCGAACGGUAAAGAAGGGUGAUUUGAAGUUUAACAGUGCUACACCCAACAUCGAUGUUGAUCCCGAGACUUUGGCUGUCACUUGCGAUGGAAUGGCAAUCAAGUCCGAGCCGAGCUGUAUUUACUGUCACAUCUAUCGAAGCAAGCGAGCUUCUGCCUUGAGUGCCGACUAUGACUUAGCACUAUUAGUUCUUAUAUUUCCAGUCAUCCAACCUAAUUCUGUCAUCUGCGAAACUCAAUAUUUGACUCAUUUUGUUCACUACUACAUUUCAACACACAACAUGGACAAUAGCGAAGAAGAUGAUAGCGUUAUUCACAGAGAAACUGGCACACGCGCCUAUCGACUCCAUAAUCGGCGUCGACCCUGUGAUAAAUGUCGUGCCCGGAAGGUUCGGUGUCAAAUAGAGGAUGACAAAUCGCAGUGCCGUCGGUGCGCACAGUCUCAGACUCAAUGUACCUUCGAAGGGCGAUCAAGACGCACGACACGGCAGAGCAGGACUACAUCUGUUGCUAGCAGUGCUCAUUCACCAGUUGUCAAUCACGCCUCCCAUGAUGAUACAUUGGGUCUUGACAACUCUUUCGGUAUAGAUCAAGCUUCUUCCGAACAAUGCUCUUCAUCCGAAAGACCAACGAUCUUCGUGGCUACUCCUCCAGUCUUUGCACACGAGACCGAGAUCCCGUAUGAUCACGCACAAUCACUUGGCAGUGUCGCCACCACAACGCAGUUGCAAUUCUCCAGGUCACUGGAUGAUAUACAGGGACAAACGUCAACCCUUCUAGGAUCAUCCUCCGAGGCAGAUCCCUGGCUGCUACGACACUGUCAGUUCGAUGAGUAUGGGCUCAGAAACUUCUAUGGUCUGCAGUUCCGAAACAUUGGUGGAGUUCCAAACCGGCAGAAAAUCCCAGUACACUUCAUCGUGACGCCAAAUUCAACGAAUGAUGCGACUUUUGACAAGAUGAUGUCUUUGAGAUCCAGGCUGAAUGGGCUCAUUCAACCAUCAUUGGGAAUUAGGCUUGUCAAGCUGUUCUAUAAGCAUAUCUACCCUCUGAUGCCCAUUAUAUCUUCAACUUACUUUACCCAGGAAUUACUCGAUAACCCACUUCCUGGGCCGGCUGCCCUUGACCAUGUUCCAUGUCAUUUACUUGGGGCUAUUUAUGGUCUUGCGUUACCCUUUGCCCGAAAUGAUGAGCAUUUGUCGAUCAUUGAGAUACACCAUCAAUUACCCAGCGCAGACGUCUGGAACAUUGUGCAUGAAAGCCUACAGCAACAGCUUCGUACCCCAGAUCUCAGUGUUUUGGCAGCAGGCCUCAUGUGUCUCCAUGCAACAAUGAAUCACAGAUUCACCACUACAACAGAUACAUUCAAAUGGACUUGGCUAGGCACUCUAGUUGGAAUAGCACAGAAUCUGGGCUUGCAUCUUGAGACUCGCAUGUGCGCUAUUCCUGCUGAAGAAAAGCAGCUCCGUGCUCGUUUGUGGUGGGCUUUAUACAUUGAGGGUAGCUGGUUAUCAUUGCUUAUGGGUCGUCCUCCAUACAUUUCUGACGAUGAGUGGGACGUUGGUGAACUGGAUGAUACUGAUUUUGCCAUUCCUACAAGUAUUCCAUGCACCAAUGUUGGACAUGCUGAGAUUACGAGGCCUUUCCCGGACAUGGCUCGUCUCUCGGUCAUUGCACACUCGGUGCAGUCUUCUUUAUAUUCAUUGAAGGCGUCACAGAAGUUGUCUGAGAAUCUGUCGCUCUCCAUCCAAACAGCGCAGCCCAUAUUUGAACAACUAAGCUCAUGGCGCGCUUCUGUACAAGUCCCAGAGGCAUCAAGAACAAGUAACAAUGAGACUCUCAAUGACAAGGAAUCAUAUCCUGCAGCAAUACUCAUCGCACACGCAACGUUGGUCACAUACGUAUGGAGAGCGCUUCUACGACCCAUCGUGCCAUCGGCUGUACCGCCACUUGUUGUUGAUGAUCAACAGCUUGCCGAAGCUUCUCUGUUUAUGGAGCUCCAGCCGCGUGAUGUAGAGAACCUCUGCUGGGAUGUACCAGAUCUCUCACAUAUCGAGUUACCGCUAAGGAGCUCCGCCGAUGGCACCAUGUCACAUCAUACAAUCAUUCAGAACCUCCAUCAAUCUUCCUUGUCAUGGGCUACAAGUCUGUCAAGUCUAGUCAAGAACUUAUCACCAGCUCGUUUUCACGAGUUUUGGUAUUCAUGGUCGAAUAUCUGCUUCGCCGUCAUGUCAAGUUUUGCCAUGGUGGUCUUUAUCCAAUCACCUACACAAGAAGCGGGGGUAAGGUCUAAGGAUAUGCUGACGUCCUGGCGUCAGAUUGCAAGAGACCAAAGCAAAGUCUCUCCAUUGUUGCUAAUGACGUUGGCGCGAAUUGAUGGGUACUUUGCCGCUGGUCUUUCUGACGUCUUCUCGCUACCAGCCCAUGUCGAAGCGGCGCUUUCACCCUAG